AUGUCCUCUCACCCACCCGCGAGCGUUUUACAGUCCGAGGUAGAUCGUCUUCGCCUCCAGUUACACACCCUUCAGGCCGAGCAGGGUGUACAGAACAUAUCCAUCGGCAACUAUCUCCUUGAAAGGCUUGCCCAGCUGGGCGUUACUUCGAUGUUUGGUGUUCCAGGAGACUUUAAUUUAGGCUUCUUAGACCUUGUCGAAGACCACUCUAAGAUUGAAUGGAUUGGAAAUUGCAAUGAACUGAACGCCGCAUACGCCGCGGAUGGAUACGCACGAGUGAAGGAACAUUCGAUUGGUGUCGUAACGACAACUUUCGGUGUCGGCGAGCUCUCUGCUACUAAUGGAAUUGCUGGAGCCUUUUCGGAAAUGGUUCCUGUUCUACACAUCGUAGGCACUCCCACCACAGUGCAACAGAGGGCGAAGCCUAUUCUUCACCACACCCUCGGUGACGGAAGAUACGAGGCGUACGGAUUGGCCGCCGCACAAUUUUCCAUCUUUCAGGCCAACCUUAAGGACAAGAACACUGCAGCAUCUCUAAUCGAUCGCGCCCUCACUGAAUGCAUCAAACUGGCCCGUCCGGUUUACGUGACAUUACCUAUGGACAUGGUGACGCAAGAGAUUUCUUCCGAACGCUUGAAGGUUCCUUUAAGCCGCAGCCCUCCACCGAAUGACCAGAGCACUGAGGAAUUCGUCGUCGAUCUCAUUGCUGAACGGGUUAAGGAGGCUGAAGGUGACGUCGUUGUCAUCGUGGACGCUUGCGUUAUCAGACACGAUGUGCGCAAGGAGACUCUCGACUUUCUCAAGAAAACCGGUUUCCCCGUCUACGCUACACCCAUGGGAAAGACCGCCAUCAAUGAAGACUACGAGCGCUAUGGUGGGAUUUACAUUGGCACGAUCACCCAUCCGGACAUCAAAAAGAAAGUAGAGCAAGCGAAGCUGAUUAUAUCAAUUGGCGGACUUCAAAGUGAUUUCAACACGGGAAAUUUCUCUUACAAGAUCCCAACGCUCCGACACAUUGAGCUUCACUCGACCCAUACGAAAGUCCAAUACGCCACUUUUGCAGGCGUUGAAAUGAAGCAACUCCUUCCAAAGCUUGGGGAGGCGCUCAAGGGUCUUCAUUCUUUGGUUCGCAAAUUCGAGGUCCCACCUUUCAUCAAGGCACUCCCUAAAGAGGACACGCCUGUCAUCUCUCAGCUUUGGUUCUGGCCACGACUGAGCUACUUUUUCAAACCGAAGGAUGUCAUUGUAACUGAAACUGGAACCUCCAAUUUCGGAAUUCUGGAAGUGCCUUUACCGGCAGAGUCAGUGUUGGUUAGCCAAAUACUAUGGGGAAGCAUUGGCUGGUCCGUAGGUAGCUGCCUUGGUGCUGCCUUGGCAGCUCGUGAUGUUGGAUUGGGCCGUGUUAUCCUCUUCGUCGGCGAUGGAAGUCUUCAAUUGACGGUACAAGAAAUAUCUCCCAUGCUUCGAUUGGGCCUCAAGCCCAUAAUAUUCGUCCUCAAUAAUAGCGGCUAUACGAUCGAGAAGUUUAUUCACGGCAAGAAACGAAAAUACAACAACAUCGCGAACUGGAAGUAUGCAGAACUUUUGAAUGUUUUCAGUGAAGAUGAUAAGCACAAGUCCUAUACUGUUCGGACGAAGGACGAACUCAGCAGUCUCCUGGAUGACAAGGCGUUUGCCAGCGCGAAUCAAAUUCAGCUUGUAGAAGUUAUUAUGGAUCCGCUGGACGCGCCGCGUGCUUUGAAGGUUCAAACGGAGCUUUCUGCGAAGAGCGACCCGUAUAAAGAGCGCAAAUGAUUUGAAGUUAAAAGUUGAAGUGCAAAGAUAAGAUUAGAUCCUAUGUAGCCACAUCACCACUGUUUUUCUUUUGCAAUGAGUACUUGCUUGGCAUGGCUCU